AUGUCGUCUGCUACUCGGUCCAUGGCCUCUACGGCGCCGCCACAGCGUCUUCACGAUCUCUACGAUGGCCCAAUUGCGUGCGAGCGUGAUCACUGUCUGUCGCUUGCCGCUUCGAGGCCACACGCGGCGCUGCCCAUCACGAACAACGAGCCAGACGGGAGCCACGAUCAUGUAGCCAAGUCGUGCAAUGUAACUAACUCGCAUUUCCAUCGACGCAAGCAGCUGGAAGCGCGGCUCGCCGAGCUACAAAAGGACGUGGCAAUUCUCACACUAAAGCUGCGAUUCGAUGGCAAUUGCAGCCCGUCAUUUUUGGGUGCAUCUAGUACUGCAGUUACGUCCAAGAAACCACAAGAAGAGCCUGAACGGAUCAAGAAGCCCGGGACAUCAGGAUCGAGACGAAAACGCGUGAACGAGCAGCUACUAGAGACCAAGAAAGAAGGAGAGAGUAGUGUCCAAACCUUGGAGGAGCUCGACGACGUCACUGUAGAACGAGAUCAGCUCAAGUUGGACCAUGUGAGAAUGAAAAGAGCACUAGCUGCUGCCAGGAAAAAGUGCGAGAACGCAGGGAAGUUCCAAAAAGCCUAUGACGAGCUUGUGGUCCAUUGUGGCUCGCUGCAAAAGUCUUUAGACUUGUCCGAAAGGAUCCGGAUGAGGCAGCAAAAGCUGCUGCAGCAGCUGCAAUCGCAACAACGUCAGAUGAGUGCGAAGGACGAAAGAAAGGAGACAAAAGAUCGAGUGACAGAUGGAAAGGCAAGCUCGACCUUAGCUGGAGAAAGCUCUUCCUGCCGGUCUGCAGAUACAGCAUUGCCGCAAACUCAAAAAGUUAGCAGUGCUCGAGGAUAUGCGGACACAGAUUGCCGUGUUUCAAACUCUCGUAUUGCAUCCGCAAAGCCUACAGAAGAGGAGAGCGACGACGAUCGGGAUACGCUUGAGCAAGCAGCUAGCGAACCAACAUCAGCAGAUACGAGGCCGAAAGUAUCGCGCCCAGAGUUAGAACUGACAACACCGAAGGCUGAACACUUGCAUGGCGUUGACAGUCGAGAUUCGAGUCCAAUUGCUUCAACGACUACUCGCCGACCUAGCCGGGCGCAAGCCCGACAGCUCGAAGUAAUGCGUCAUGCAGCAAUGUGGGCUCGGAGCCGAGGAGUUGCGGUCAAGAUUCCAACUUCUACAUCUCAUACAACAACGAGAGGAGCUACUGCCGUCGUUCGACCGAAGAAUGGAUUUCUUGCUCCAACACAAGCUAGUUUACGUCGGCUGCAUGACCUUCCUCGUCGAAAAGUUCAUUACAGACCCCCGUUCGUGGUAUAG